AUGGCUGCUUCUCAUCAAUUGGUAUCUUCGACUGAAAUUGCGAAAGAUAUAGAUUCAACUCAAUAUACAGUCCCUAGCAUUUUGACAAAAGUAUACAAGGAUGAGUGUAUGUACUGCUUUAAUACACCAUUCUUCGAAGGAGGGGUAUAUGUAUGUUUGAAGAGCUUCUACUGUGUUUGCACAAAACACGUUGCAUUUUACUCAUCUCGGUUUGGGCACAAGCUUUUCGUCCAAAUUGAAAGUCGAAAGGUGUCUGUAUCAAUGGAUACUGAUGACACAGGAGAACCAAACAAUAAGAUCACUAAGUUAGCGGUGAAUGAAGAGAGUAAUGCUGUCAAUUCCACCAAAAAUUUGUAUAAGAACCUCGAUUUCCAAAAAUUCGAAAUUGAGGAUGCUUAUCAUCUCACUGUCUAUCCCAAGCUCAAUACUAGAUGCUUGAUUGAUGAAAACUUAGGAGAGGAACUAUACAAAGCCGCUAAUUUCGUCGUUUCUUCCACUAGUGCCGAACGAUUGGAAAUGCUUUCCAGUUCAAGCAACGCUUGGGAUGGCGAGGAAAGAAAAAUAACAAAGCAUGCUAACCUUGAACAACUCAACAAUGGAAAGAAGAUCCCGUACAGUGGAUGGAUGUGCGAUGUGGAAGGCUGCGGCUUGUCUCAAAAUCUUUGGCUCAAUUUGGUUGAUGGAUCAAUUCGUUGUGGAAGAUCCCAAUUCAUAUCUGAAGGAACCAAAAGCAAAGGAAACAAUCAUAUGAAACUGCAUUAUGAUACUACAGGGUACCCACUCGUGGUUAAACUAGGAACUAUUUUGAAAGAUGGAACUGGGGAUGUAUACAGUUAUGAUGAAGAUGACGCUGUUAUUGAUCCUAACCUAUCGAAACAUCUCGCUCAUUUCGGACUUGAUGUUGAGCAACUGGAAAAAACUGAGAAAAGCACCAUCGAGCUAGAACUAGACAUGAAUCAAGAAUGGGAAUGGGUGAAAUGCCAAGAAGAUGGUGUAGAACUUGAAAACAUUUUUGGUGGUGGGUACACAGGGCUCAUCAAUAUUGGUAGCAGUUGCUACAUGAACUCCGUUCUCCAAGCUCUUCUCAUGAUCCCAUCUUUCCAACGAAGAUAUGUGGACGAUAUUGAAAGCUCUCUACUAACGGUUGAUCCUCAGAAGAUUCCAUCAGAUUUCAAUGCCCAAUUCACGAAGCUAUUCAGUUCAAUGAUGAGCGGAGAUUAUGCAGUUGAAGAUGGACCUCGGAAUGGAAUCUCACCGAAAGUGUUCAAGCGAAUCGCUGCCGGAAAUCAUUCCGAGUUCAGUACUGCAAGACAACAGGAUGCUGAGGAAUACAUCAGAUUCUUAUUCGAUCGUAUCUCAUCUCAUACAUCUAAUGAGAAAGAGGAUCCCACAAUGUCUUUCAAAUUCUUGCUGGAGACACGUUUCGAAGAUCUAGGAUCAGGAUGCGUUCGUUAUACUGAUAAGGAUGAGUACAUUCUUGGCUUACCUGUUCGAAAGGAUCAUUUAACUGCUUUCACCGGUGAUGAUAAUGUAGAGCGAUAUAGAACUCAGUUGACCAGCUUGAUUGAGUCGGAACUUUCUCCUUCUCUGAUCGAGGAUUUCACUUCGCCAGUCAGUUUGGAGCAGAAGGGAGCUACCAACACUGUGAAAUUCAGAACUUUCCCAGAUUUUCUGUUGUUAGCAGUUCAACGAUUCUAUUUCACCGAUACCUAUGUUCCUAAAAAAUAUGACGUUGAUGUCGAAGUUGAUGAUGAGUUGGACCUAUCUGCUUUCCGAGGUGCAGGAAAGAAAGAUGAAGAGAACCUCCUGCCCGAUAUUCUUGACGAACUGCCCAAGGCAGAAUUACCUCCUUACAAUACAACUGUAGUUGAACAAUUGGAGCAAAUGGGCUUCUCACGAAAUGCUUCCGUUAAAGCAGCAAUUCAAAUUCAUCCAUCUGGCAGUGCUGAUGCAGCUUUGGAAUGGUUGAUGGGAAAGUUGGAUGACCCAAGCCUUAACGACGAACCUCAGCCAGUUUUACGUCAGCCAUCCAAGAACCCGGGUUUAGAUCGUCCUUGUGUACAGGAGUUGAUGAAUUUCGGUUUCACUGGACAUCAAGCAUGCUAUGCGUUGGAAAAAUUCCCUGAUCCAAAUGCUGCAGCUGAAUGGCUAUUCCUACAUGCUGAUGAAGUACCAAGUCCUCCUGAGGAAUCUGUAUCCGCUGCUCCGAAAGAAAGGGAAUGUCUUGAUGGCAAUGGCAAGUAUAAACUGAUAGGUUUAAUCAGUCAUAUGGGCAGCAGUCCUCAAUCUGGUCAUUACGUUACUCACUUGUUGAAGGACGACAAAUGGAUCCUCAUUAACGACGAAAAGGUGGCAAUCUCUCAGAAUCCUCCGAAGCAGCUCGCGUAUCUCUAUCUCUACCAAAGAAUCUGA